AUGUCGUCUCUCGGCAAGACGGGAGCCACCGCCAUGGUCUACGGCAUCGUCAUGUACGACUUCAACGCUGAGCGGCCGGACGAGCUCGAAGCAAAGGCCGGAGAGGCCAUCAUCGUCAUCGCCCAGUCAAAUCCAGAGUGGUUCGUCGCAAAGCCCAUUGGCCGUCUGGGUGGGCCGGGCCUGAUCCCGGUCUCCUUCAUUGAAAUCAGAGACAUGACGACAGGGAAGUCGGCGCCGGACCCUCUCGAGGCUGUUCGGCGGGCGGGUGUGCCCCGUGUCGAGGAGUGGAAGAAGAUGACCGCCGAGUACAAGAACUCCUCCAUCUCUCUAGGCAAGUUCGAGAAUGGGCCCCAGCAAGCGGCAGCCGAACUCGAGCGCAUGAGCCUCAACUCUCGCUCUAACCACCAACGAUCCCCAAGCAAACAUGGCUAUUCACAGCAACCACCACAGCAACCACAGCACUAUCAAGUACCUAUACCCGUACAAGCGUCAAUUCCGCGGUACUGCUUCGACAAUGACAAGUACUGGUACAUCGUAGAGGUCCAGAUGGAAGACGGCCGAUGGUGGGAGCUCUCCCGCUACUACCACGACUUCUACGACUUCCAGAUCGCCCUACUUUCCCAAUUCGAAGAAGAAGCCGGCAACAGAGGUGGCCAGCGCACUCUCCCCUUCAUGCCUGGACCCGUCACCCAGGUCACAAACGCCAUAUCCAACGGCCGUCGUCAGAGCUUAGACGAAUACGUCAAGCAGCUCCUCGCCAUGCCCCCGCACAUAUCCCGCUGCCAGCUCGUGCGCCAGCUCUUUGCGCCGCGUCCAGGUGACUUCGAGAUCGAUCCCGCCGUCAUGUCAGAUGACUACCGCCUCUCCAGCGGCUCGCAGCAGUCCUCGGGCCACAACCUGUCUCGAACCGCUUCCCGCCAGUCCUCCCAGGGCCAGAUGAGUGGUCCCAACCAGCAGGCCCACUACCAGCCUUCUCAACGACCUACCCACCAACGCAGCCAGGGCUCCGUCUCCCAGCAGUACCAUCAGCAGCCACACCAGCAGAUGCCGCCGCCAGGACAAGCACAGGCCCCGUCCAUGUCUCGCCAAGGAAGCUCGUUUAACAGCCAGAUGCCCUCCCAGGGCUCGGGUGCGAUAAAGAUCAAAGUCUUCUUCCAAGACGACAUCAUCGUUAUCCGUGUACCCGACGAUAUCAACCUACGGCAGCUAACCGAUAAGCUGCGAGACAGACUCAAGGUCGACUCCAUGAUCAUUCGGUACAAGGAUGAGCCGUCAAACUCGUUUGUCGAGCUUCUCGGAGACGCAGACCUGGAAACUGCUAUUCGUCGAAACGCCAAACUCAUGCUCUACGUCAGCACGCCGUGA